AUGCGCUGCUGUUUCAAGCUGGCAGUGAACCUGCACAAGGCCGCGCCAUCCCGGCGGUUGCUAUGGCGACAGCGGCGCUGCCCCUCCGCGCAGGCGCGGCGGCUGCCGCGGGUGCUGAGGCGGUGCUGGGGCCGCGGCGGGGCCGCCAUGGAGCGGUUCGGGCCCGGGCCUGUGAGCGCCGUGCCCGUGGCCGAGUUCAGGCCAAAUGAGGGUUCAUUAACAUCAACUUUAAGAACGCUUCUGUUCUUCACAGCUCUAAUGAUUACAUUACCAAUUGGGCUAUAUUUUUCAUCAAAGGCUUAUGUAUUUGAAGGUUCCUUAGGAAUGUCCGACAGAGACAGCUAUUUCUAUGCUGCCAUCGUGGCUGUAGUUACUGUUCACGUGGUACUUGCUCUCUUUGUUUAUGUAGCGUGGAACGAGGGCUCGCGGCAGUGGCGGGAAGGCAAACAGGACUAGAGCGAAGAUCAUGUCGUCUGGUGUCUACAGACUGUAAAUCAAGGGGUUUUUUGUGAGCUGAAGGAAAAGCAUUCUUCAAAAUGUAUAAUACACGUGUACAAAAAGGAGGCUGGUGCCUCAGCUGUGGUUGAAAUAAGACUUGUGCUCAUCUUGCCUGUGUACCCGUGUUUUCUGUGAUGUUGAUGGAAGUUGUUCUUUAGCCAGCCUCUGUUACGUCAGGCUGAGGAGGUCUUCACCUGCAAUUAGAAUGGAAUAAUUAUAUAUUUUUGAAAACUCCUGUAGCUAUUUUUGCCUCUGGCUUGCUCCAAAAAUAACAUUGGCAUGAAGCGAGCAUUAAAUUUUCAAGGAAUUAAAUUGCUAGUUAAAAAAGCUGCAUUACUUACUGUCCAACUGUAGUGGAAAAGAUGGAAUUUCACUUUGCUGUGGAUAGUUUCCUGAUUUGUUGUUUAACCCCAGCCAGUAACUGAGCACAAUGCAGCUGCUCACUCACUCUGCCCUCCCAGUGAGAUGAGUGGAGGAAUCAGGAAAGCAAAGUGAGAAGACUCAUGGAUUGAGAUAAAGACAGUUUAAUAGGUAAAGCAAAAGCUGCACGCUCAAGUGUGUCUGUUUUCAGCACAAAUCCAAACCAUAGCCCCAUGGUAGCUGUUAUGAAGAAAAUUACCUCCAUCCUGGCCAAAACCAGCUCAGUGGGACAGGCGUAAUUAAUACAUUUCUCAGUUUAGAAGUAAUUUCAAAAAACAGACUUGUUUAGGAACUCAGGUGAUGUCUUUCUAAUGUGAAAUACAAUUUUUUUGUUUGUUUUCAAAUAUAUUUUUUAUUGCAGUGUAAAAUUCAAUCUUCAAUUUCCUUUAUCUUGAUGAUGCAAAGGAAAGGGCGUAGCAUAUUUUUGUAUGUCUUUACACAGGUAUGUAUCUCCUUGAUAUUUGCUAAAGGAUGCUGUUGGAUUUCCUGUGGUAAAGCAGUGUCAGUAACAGCUAUAAGCUGCUGGAAUGGAUUGCAGGGGAAGGACCAAGAGAAACAAGCUGUAUCCAUCUGUAAAUGGUGUCCUUUAUGAAGCAGAGAACACAAGAGUGACCACAUAGAAAAUUGCCUUCUCUUCAUGAAUACUUACUUGUACACUGUGAAAUGAUACAAUAUGUUGAUUGUUUUCUUUCUUCCUUGGUUGUGUGUAUAACUUUCUCUUGUCAAGCCAUAGUGAGAUUUUUUUGUGUUGUAGGAUAACCCAAAUUUCAUUCCACUUCUGUGCUGUUAGCAAGCUUUUUAGUCUCUGGAUAAAAAAAUUCUCCUAAGGUUCCAGCAAGGCAUAAAACUUUCCUAACACUGAUAAUGGCUGUUAAGCUGUUGUGCUUGAGGUUCUUCUCUUAAUUUGAGUUUUCCAGAUUAAUGUAUUAGUUUAGCCUUUUUUGGAAGUCUUUUGCUUAAUAUGGGGCUUGGCAUGGUUUUGGUGCUGUGUGUGUCCAUGGUAAAACCUAGGCAUAAAUGAGAUAAAAAUUGGUUAUCUCCAGUGGUUUGAGGAAUGUGUUGCCAAGUCUCAGUCCUCUCUUAUCCACCCCAGUGCCAGGUAUGCACAGGCAUAGACACCGCGGCACACUAAUGCAAAUCAAUUUUUACACUUUGCUUCUGACACGUUAACUUUUCUCAUCCAGACCCUGUUGGCAGGUUGCUGCCAGCAAACUGAAGAAUCGUCUGAGUACCUGAAACACAAAGUUAGUUGGUAUGUGGGCAUGUUGGCUUCCCAUUCUCCAGUGUAUGAACUGUGCAUUGUAGAACAAAUACUUCCUUUUAAUAAAGAACUACCCUGCAAUACAAGAUCCGGUAAACAA